ACUUUAAGUCGUCCAAGCCAAACAUCCCAUAGCACUAGAAGUCGAGACGAAACCACCCGGCCUACUUUAAAUCGACGCCGCCAAACAACCAGUAGUGCUAGAAGACGUGACCCGGACAUUUACAAGUGUGCGCUGUGUGCCAGCUUUCACGCACUGCGAUUUUGUCGCAAAUUUAUGAAAAUGAGCCCUAAGAAGAGAGAGGACGUGGUGGAGAACCAUGGCUAUUGCAUCAAUUGUCUGGCAAAAAGACACACAAUAAGAGCUUGUCAAUCGAUGGACACUUGUAGGAUAUGUUACAGCUAUCAUCACACAUUGUUGCACCCACAUCGUCAACGGGUUCGUCAACAAGGUCAACGUCAGCAGUCAAACCGUCAGCAACAACGUCAACAGCCAGAUAGUCGUGACAACCAACAGCAAGGCAGUCAACAAAUCACUCAAUCAGCUAUAACACCAACUAAAUCGACAACACCAGACGUUAAAAUAUUAGUGGAGGCGAUUCGUUCGCUGGCUCACGUAUUAUGUGCCCAAGAGGGUCCAAUUCUUGCCUAGUGCCAAGGCCGGCGGCAUGUCCAAACGAGUUUGAACACUAAAAUUAUAAUUUAUAUAAUUUUUAUAUUAAUUAUUUGAAAUUCAAUUAAUAUAAGCUUUUUUUGUAAGUGUAAGCGAUAUCGUAAAAGAUACAAAAUGUGGCAGCGCUAAGUUUUUCUACCGCCAGUUUUCGUUAAAUACACGAAGUUAUAACGUACUGGAAAUUUAAUAACUAACUUUUAAA